AUGGAAGAUCCAUCAGUUACGAUGAACACUGGAAGGGAGAAGAUAGACAAGACAAAAUGGUGGAGAAAAUAUGUAAGCAAUGUAGGAAACUGGCUGACACAUAAGGAUAAGGAUAAAUGGUUGAAGAACAUAAGGGGUAACCUGAGUUUGGUGGCUACGGUAAUCGCAACAAUCACCUUUCAAAGUGCACUAAAUCCACCAGGUGGAGUCAGACCAGCAAAAGACGGCGGAGAAGAUUUGGUUUGUCCAGCAAAUGGCAGUCCAUGUCCUGGAGAAUCUGUCCUAGCUUAUACAACGAAAGAUGAGUAUUCCUGGUUCCUCAUUUGGAACACUACUUGUUUCCUAUCAUCUUCGGCUGUUUGUCUCUUGCUGGUCAGUGGAUUCCCUCUUAACCACAGAUUUUUCACCUGGCUUUUGUCAGUUGGCAUGUGCAUCACCAUCACUAGUCUCACUCUUACCUACAUGUAUGGUGCUCAAAUGGUCACCCCUGAUCCUGUUUGGGCCGCAUCCAACUCCAUGUUUCUAAAAGUUAUUUAUAUUUGGACUUCCCUGCUAGGACUAGUCACCUUUGUUCUUUGCCUGCGCCUGUUUAUUUGGAUUGUCACUAAUCGGGAUGGCAAAAAACCUAGAAAAUAA